AAAUGUGUGACAAGCUGUGACUGUGAGAAUUAUUAGAUUAAAUGUCUUAUGCUUAGUUUUGAAAUAUAAAUUUUAUUUUUAUGUCAAAACAAGACAAACAUUUUCAAUGUCUUGGCCAUAUUCUAACACAUAUUCAUAUAUGAAAUACGAAAAAGUUGUUUGAAAUGAAUAUUUGUUCUUCAAUCCUAAAUACUUUUUUUCUCCCCCAAAAAAACCGCAUUCCACAAGUUGUCAUUAAGUUUGACGGAUAUCGUGAGAAAUUAUAGUUGUUAACAUCUAGAAGUAUUUGUAGAUGACAAAAAGAAAAAGAGCUUUAUAGUUAUAAAUACAAGCUAUGCAGUAUCUAUUCAAACUCUCUAAAUCGUCUGUUUUAUUCAAAUUAGUUGGUGUUCAACGUACUUCAUUUUUAGAAUCGUGCAAUUUCUGAAUAAAUGCAUGUACAAUUCCUCAAGUUUAAUACUAUUUUACCUUAGUUUUUUUUUUAAUAUGUUCCAUGUUUUAUUCAGUUGUGUUUUGUGAGUGGCUAAGAACUAUGAUAAAGUUUCCUGAUUGAAUGAUUGUACAGAAAUCAACAAAAACAUUUCAUAGAACCAAAACAAAAUGAAAGUAACUGUUUACUUUGGUAAUGUUCGUGUUAUAGUUCCAUGUGGGAAAGGUGAUAUUCUUGUCAGAGAUCUUAUGGACUUGGCUAUAACACGAUAUAAGAAAGCUACUGGAAAGUCUCAGUCGUCUGUCGUAACCAUUCACAAUCUGAAGAGUUCUCGAGAUGACGGAAUCCUCUAUCCUGACGAUCAGCUCAAUGAUGUGGCCGACGACAGGGAACAGAUCAUUGCAGUGUUUGAUGAAAAUUAUUCCCCCAUCCCACAGUAUAGCUGUGGGGGGGAUGUGACGAGUACGAGCUCUGUGUAUACGGGUAGUCCAGAUCUCUUUAGUGUAGAAGUGGGAUCGCUCUGCAGCAAUAACAAUGUAGACACCAUUGAAGAUCAUUUGCCUGGUAUAACACCCCUGCAAGUAAGAAGGGGUAGUGAGCCUGCCCUCAACUGUCUCUUCCCUCCUAUCUCCUCCUCCUCUACAGAUCCCAAUAACAAGAGGUGGUCAACAGCAGUAGUCAUUAAUCCUCCAGAACAUCAACAUGAUGCAAAUGAGAACGGUGUUGAUGAGAGUGUCUCUCCUCUCGAAAGCCUCGAUCUAAAUGGAGAUUCCAAAAUGUCUUCUCUUUCUUUCUCGAGGAGCUCUGGCAGGCUCUCCAUCCUGGGAAACAAUUCAGAAACACACCGUUGGGUGGAGGCAGCUGACAGGCAGUUAAUGAAGGACUACAAUGAAAAUUUUCAUUUGAAAUCACCUUCACCUGAACAUGGGGAUGAGGCUGAUAGUGAUACAUCUAGUAUGAGUGACGAAAGGGAAAAAACCAUAAUCCUGAAAAAUGAAACUGGCCCUCUAGGCAUUCAUGUUGUUCCAGAUUAUGACAGCAGUGGAAGGGACACAGGUCUGGUCAUCCAGGGCAUUGAAGCAGGUGGCCGAAUAGACAGGGAUGGAAGGUUCCGUGUGGGGGACAGAAUAACAGAGAUCAAUGGGAAAAGCCUCCAAAAUGUGAGCUUCCAGACUGCCCAGGAGAUAUUCAAGAGUGCCCUAAAAUCUUCUCAGAUCAAAUUGGAAUUAAUACGGGGAGCCUCAAACCACCUGCAACAAUCAAAGACUGCCGCAGUGCCGAAAAAGCCUCCUGCUCCUGUUUACCCCAGGGCGAACAUUCCAUCCCCUGAAGCCCCAAAGAAAGCAGAGGAGGAGUCUUCUCUUGUGGAGGGUGAAGAAAGAGCUGGAGGCAUAAGUACAAAAGUUGCGACAGUGACACCCACCAAAAAGAUCCCUGCUUCUGCUACUAGGCGAUUGGCAUCUGCUAACACUAGAAAAAUUGGCAAAAUGCUCACCAUUGAACUCACAAAGGGUAGUGCUGGUUUGGGAUUCAGUAUAACAACUCGUGACAAUCCUGCUGGUGGUAACUCACCCAUCUACAUAAAAAACAUUCUUCCUAAAGGGGCAGCCAUUGAAGAUGGAAGAUUGCUUCCUGGUGACAGACUGUUGGAGGUCAAUGGCACUUCGAUGACCAGCAAAACUCAGUCAGACGCUGUUUCUAUUCUACGUAACAUUCCACUGGGAAAGACUGUGCAGCUCAUAGUUUCUAGACAAGAAGCAGUCGAACCUGAAGUGGCUGAAGUCGAAAGCGAACCUGUGCCGCCAAAGUUAGAGGAUGAGAGCGGCAUUUUUCCUUGGAAGUACAGAGAAAUUCUGACCUUCCAGAUCCCCUUGAAUGAGUCUCAUUCUGCAGGGCUCGGAGUCAGCGUGAAAGGAAAAAAUGCGUCCACUCCCAAUGGAUCUGUCGAUUUGGGCAUCUUCAUCAAAUCCGUCAUCCCGGGCGGCGCUGCUUCAAAGGAUGGUCGACUACAAACAAAUGAUCAGUUGGUGAACAUCAAUGGCAUUUCACUUCUGGGCAUGAGCAAUACAAAUGCAAUGGAAACAUUACGUAAUGCCAUGACACAAUCUGACGGCCCCAUCAGAAAUGCCAUCAUUCUCACGGUGGCGCGUCGCAUCUUCCAGCCGCUCGAAGAGGAAAAUCCACCCAGGCCAGAAGCAUCUGCAGCUUCUAGAGAGAGGGUUAAUGGCUUGGACUUGCAAAUGAACACAAACUCUUUGGAUUUGGAAACUCUUCAAAAGAACAAUCCCGGACUUCCUGGCUGCAACCCAGUCGUUGAGAGACUCACUGGCCAGAUCUCCUCAGAGAACUCUGCAACCGAUCUGUACGGUUACAUGAGGCGAGGAGGAGCUGAGAAGAUAGCCCCCAGCAUGGAGGAGUAUUUCAAGCCCAAUUAUAUGUCUUCCUUAAGUUCCAAUCAAGCAGAGAAUGUAAUGAUAGAAGGAGAGUAUGAUCCAACAGUCAAGAAAGUUGCAGACACACCCCAAAUGAAUGGCUCCACAAAUAAUUCUAGUGUUGCACCUGCUGGUAGUCAGCUUUCUCUAGAUGACCCGAAUGCUGGAUUUGAGAGGGAUGGCUUUGGGAGGCAAAGCAUGUCUGAGAAGAGACAUGCCCAGCUGGAUGCCAAAAACACUGAUACUUACCAACGCAAUAAGAAGGCACGUGAAGAGAAGAAGCACUACCUUGAAGAUGAUCAGAGCAACCCCAUCACCGGAAGUGAUUCUAUCUUAAUUCAUCGUAACCAUCAGACAGCAGAAGCCCUUGGUCCCUCUCUAGGCCUUCGAAAAUCAAGCAGUUUAGAGAGUCUGCAGACGAUGAUACAAGAGCUGAACAAAGACGACGAGGUGAUGAAGAGAGCCCUUGAGUCUGGGGGAGCCAGGAGUUCUCGAAGCAGAGGAUGCAACGAGAGCUUUCGAGCUGCCGUGGACAGAUCCUAUGAUGCCCCUGCUGCAUCCACCAUGGACACAUUGGAUGAAGAAAGUGAGAGUGGCAGCUCUGUCGGUCACUUGUUGACGAGGAGCACUGAAUUCCCGAAUGCUCACCAAAACAUGGAUGCUCUGCAUGACGACCUACUCAGCAUGUACUGCAGGAACAGCAAGUCAUCCAAGAAGAAAAGCCUUCUCAAGGGUCUUGGAUCUGUUUUCAAGUUUGGUAAGCAUCGUAAGCAUUCUCAAGAUCUGAAAGGUAAAGGGGAUGAUGAUUCUGGCCAUGAAGACUACUAUCAUCAUCAGCCUUCUUCUAAAGAAACAGACCCCAGAGUGACAGAGAUGAGUCGAGAGGACCUCCUGAAAAGGCAGUUACCCCAAAUUCCCAGUAGUAGUAGUGACUCUGGAGGAAUGCCCAAUCGUCAGGAGAGAAUGCAAAGCCUGAGAGAGCAGCACCAGCGCAUGCACCAAAAGAGGCAGGGGCAGUAUCCAUUGGAGCAGAAGGAAGAAUACUAUGAGAAUGAGCUGAAAGAAAAAGAAGGCAACUAUGCUCUUCCUUUUGAAGUCAUUCAUGGGAGAUCUCACAGCCUAGAUAUUCAUCUGGAAAAUCCUCAAAAUCACUCUAAAGGUGGUGCUGCAUUCAGUGAUACCAACCGCUACAGUCAUUAUAUGAAUUAUAAAGAAAUUCAGCAGCACAUCUCACUGAGGGGGCAUCCUGCCGCCACCAAGGCUGCUUCCGUGCCAGACUCCAAGCCCCAUGGAACCCCACUGCCAGAACUUCCGACAAACUUUUACGAUUAUUCUGGACACCAACUCAGAAGAACGGGUCAGACUCCAGAGCUCUGCUCAAAUUCACUACCUCGAGGCACACGUGGCUCUGACCGCUCCCUUCCCCAUUCUCAAGCUCUGACUGCUAAACCAUACUUUUUGCAAGAGACACACGAUCACGAUAAUUAUGGGCGUAUGAACAUGCAUCAUCCCUUCUACCCUAACAACAAUAAACUCUAUUCUCAUAUAGUGCCUGGCUCUAAAGUUUGAUGAGUCAUUUUGCUCAUUUGUUUUUCUGUCUUCAGAUAAGAGUUCCAUUUUACUUAAUCCAACUUAUCUGUGAGUUUCUAGCCGUCCAUAUUAACAAAAUCCUAUAUUUAUACACUCACCUCUGGUCACUUUCCUCAACGCUGUUUGUAUUUUUUUACUCAAAAACAAAACAGCAGUUUUAGCAGUGAAAAAUGAAUGCCAAAUUAUGAAAGUGAAUUCGUUUGGUUUUGGGAGAAAAAUAACGUAAUAAAAUAUUUAAUUAAAGACAACAAAAAAGGUGAUUCAGUGUUUUCUCUAGAAAAUUAUAGUUAUUUACCUGGAAGAGAAACUGUGUCAACGAGAAGUGAAAAGAGUGGCAUUUUCAAAAAAUACAGCUUUUUAAAUAAUUGAAAAAUGUUUAAAAAAACUAAUGCUACUAAAUUUUUCUAGGUAAUUAUAUUUCUAAAAAUAAUUAUCUUGUUGCCUUUUACUCAGCAUGUGAGUCCUUAUUAAAUAUUUAAAAAAAUAGCACCAAGUUGUUCCUUUUGGCGUCAUAUUAUGAAAAAGUGGCUGAGGAGGACCAUUCUAUCAGAAAAAGUAUUUUAGUGCUGCUA